AACUUGGGGGUGUAUUUUGAGGAAUGUCGAUUAAUGGAGAACCAGGGGAAGAGGAUCCGCUCUUGAAAAGAAGUGGCAGUUCUCAAAAUACAUCGAUAAACAACAGAUCACCACCUGAUCAAACAGAAAGGAGAAGACAACCAGUUCAUUUUGGUUCCUUAUCAGACAGCAAUAAUCAUGACAGAGGAUCUACAACUGGCGUUCUCCUUAGAUACAGAUAUUAUGGUAGACUGGCUCCGCACAGUGAGAGCUCGUUUCAAAUGCCAGACCAUGUGGUGCCACCUGAUUUCCACAUUGUAAUUCCUGUGAUAACUCAAGGGAAGCAAAGCAGUCUCAUAACAAUAUUCUCAUUAUGGAACACAAUGAUGGGGACCUCAAUACUGAGCAUGCCCUGGGCCAUAAGACAGGCCGGAUUUGUGACUGGGAUUUCCCUUUUGGUGCUGAUGGCUAUGUUGAUGUUUUAUACCAGUUACAGAAUCCUUAAAGCCAUGCAGUCAAUGGGGAAGACAGACUCGGGCCUGGAUUUUUCUGAUGUUUGCCGCAUUUCCUUGGGGAGGUGGGCCCAAGUUUUGGCAGUUGUCUCUUCCCUCCUCACCCUGCUGGGCGGGGCAAUCGUCUACUGGAUCCUAAUGUCCAAUUUCAUAUACAAUGUUGUAAACUUCAUUUAUCACCACAGUACUUCACCUCAUGAUCAAGUCUCAAAUACAACAAGCUAUGUUUGUCCAUCAAUGUCUCCACCAUCACAUGGUAACCAUAGUAACCACAACUCAUCCAGUAACUAUAGUAACCACCAAUGGCUGCUCUCAGAUCAUUCACAUGAAUCAACAUAUGACAGAGUAUGGGAUGAGCAGUACACAGUGCCAUUCUUUCUGGUCUGUGUGCUAGCUCCCCUCAUCAACUUUAAAUCUCCCACAUUCUUCACCAAAUUUAAUGCACUUGGUACCCUUUCUGUCACUUACCUCGUUUCCUUUGUGGCCUACAAUGCUCACCAGUGGGGAUUCAACUUAAAAUUUGGGGGAGAGGAAAUAUCAGGAGAUCCUUAUCAUAUAUAUAUUCCAGAGUUUCGAGGUACCUUUGCUGCUUUAACAGGGGUGGCUGCUUUGGCUUAUUUUGUACAGAACUGUGUCAUUUCAAUUUGUAGGAAUCAAAAACACCCAGAAAACAAUAUACGGGAUCUCACUAUUGCCUAUACAUUGGUGGCUGUGACCUACAUUUAUAUGGGAGUCAUGUUUUAUUCGUCAUUUCCACUGAACAAAGACUGUAUAGAAGAUAACCUUCUUAACAACAUUGCUGAUACAGACACCCUGGCUUUCGUGGCUCGGAUUGGUUUGUUUUUUCAGAUGGUCUGUGUGUUUCCUCUGUUACUCUACAUAUUCCGAGCUCAGCUUCUCUUCUCAUUGUUUGGAGAUGUCUGGCCAAGUGUGAAGCAUGUUCUUGUCCUAAAUCUAGUUCUAGUUGCCAUUUGUGUUGUUUUUGCUGUAUUUUUACCUCACAUUGGAAGCAUCAUAGGGUUUGUAGGAGCUUUCUGUGGAUUCUCAUACGCCAUUCUUCUUCCUUGUCUAGUCUACAUGAAGACAUUACGAGAACAGGGCAAGCUUUCUGUCCCUGUUAUUGGGUUUCACUCAUUUCUUAUUCUAGUAGGACUUGCAAAUUUUGUUGGACAAUUUGUCAUUCUUGGGAAAACUUAAAUUCUCUUGUGAUAAUUUUUCAGUGUUUAUUAUUGAUUAUUUAUUCACUGUCAAAAUCUAUGAUACUCAUUAUCAGGUACAUGUACAUAUAUUUUUAUGUAUAUUACAUGAACAUCAUGUACAGUUUAAACAUGCCACAAGAGAAAUAUUUGUCAUAGUUUCAGACUAAAAUAGACAAACAACUGUUCCACAUUAUCAAGAAUAAUUCUGAAGAAAAUCCUCAUCUUGGACAAUAAAAUCCAAUGUGUUUUUCUACCAGUAAUAAUUAGACUGUAACAGUCAGCUGAACAUACAUUCAAAGCAGCUAUGUACACCACUCAUGUUCAUCUUCAUGUGUCAGGGACUUUACAGCAAUUUUACAUAUAAACAUUCAUAUUUUUUGUGUGUUUCAGUAAAAAAAAAAAAAAGUCAUGUACAUUUUUUUUUGAAUACUGAAGCACUGUGGUAACCAUUAUAUGAAUUCUAAAAUUAUUUUUUUCAUCCACUCUGAAAGGUUGUAGUUCCAUUUUUUAGAACAACAUAUAUUAUACUGACCUACUGUGCAUGCAGUAUUUUACUGCUGACAUUAUUGUUAUGAUGUCAUUAUUAUAUGUGUGACAGUGAUGUCAAUUGUGGUUAAUUCAUUGAGAAUUCUUGAUUAUUGAGACUUGUCUCUAUUCAGUGGUGAUAAUAUCAUCCCCAUGGAAGCAGUUGUAAGGCUCAUCUGGCCUUAAAAAAAAUAAUUAUGGCCCUUUUAAUUUUAAAAUAUUUAUUGAGUUUCCUCUUCACAUUAGGAUUAAUUUUUUGCUAUAAUUAUAAAAGAAAAUAUGCCACUAACACUUAACCAUUCUCCAGAAUGUGUUUAAUUUUAACUGCAUCAGGUAUAGCCUCAGAUUUUUUAAAAAACACAAAUUAUGACCUCAAAUAUUUUUUAACAUAUAUGUGUAAAUGUACUUUUCCAGUAAUGAGUGUAUGUAUAUGUAAGCUCACCAGAGCUGAAAGCUCAAGUGAGCUUUUCUGAUCACCCAUUGUCUAGUGUUUGUCCAUCCAUCUGUCUGUCUAUCUGUCUGUCCACAUUUUUGAUUUCUACUCAGGAACCAUUGGGCCAAUUUUGAAUAAGGUUGGUGCAAAUCAUUCUUGGGUAGAGGGGAUUCUAAAUUAUUCAAAUGAAGGACAUAUCCCCCUUCCAAGGAGAGAUAAUCAAGAAAAGGCAAAAAUAGGGCAGAGUCAUUAAAAAAAUCUUUUAAUUUAACAUUGAACUAUACAAGAAAAAAGAUUUAAAGAAUGUUAUCAAUAAAUAAAUUUGUAUUGCUUGCUUUAUUUUUCUUGUGUUUGCCAAAAAUUUAUUAACCCAAAUCUUGUUUAGACUUCAAACCCUUCUUGGGAACCACUAAAAGAGCCAUUAAUCUGCAAAUAUUCCCAAAUUUUGUGAAUUCAAUUUUUUUUUUCCAAAUUACGGACCCCAGGUUAGAGUUUGCUAAAUUCAGGAUCAAAAUUUUACAUAGUGCAUGUAUACAAGAAAAGAAUUUUCCCCUUCAUACCUGUAAGGCCAUGUUAGUCAUAUACAUGUAUUGAUAUUAAAGCAACUCCACAUAGUGUGGAUUCAGAGACCCGUAAGCAUUAGGAAGGAGUCAUAAUAUUGGUCACAAUUAUAUUUAAGAAGAAUAUAUAGGAAAAUCUUUUUUUUUCCUCUAAAAUCUGAUGAAGGACAGCUUUGCUAAAGUUUUUCAGGUGAGCGUUGUGGCCCAUGGGUCUCAUUUUGUUUUGGUGUUAAUUAUUUUAAAAUUGCCUCAGUCUUAUUAAUAUUUACUAUUACAUUGGUAAGAUAUAUUAUUAUUUUCAACAUUCUUUGAUAUAUGUAGAAAUAGCAAUACUCUGUGAUAUUCUUGCAUGAACAAAAAGAAUAUUCUGUGAUAAUCCCAUAGGAAUCGAUAGGCUAACUUUAAAGUGCUUUGUUUAUUUUUAUGGUAUCUUUAUGAAUCACUGAUAUCUGUCAUUUACCAGUUUCAUGUACAUCUAUUGUUUAGUUAAUGUGCUGCUCAAUAUACAUUGAUUUAGGCAUUGUAGUAACCAAAUAUCAUCUUGUUCGUUUGAUAAUUAUGUCUCAUGUUUACUUGAAGAAAGUAAAUGGGUUAAAUUGGUUGAGAUUAGGAUAUACUACUGUAUAGCAGGUUUCUUUAACAGGUGUAAAAUUUGGCAUUUUGCUUGCUCAAAGUAUGCCAAUAAUUUUGGUGUAACUUCUUUUGGCGGACACAGAGUUCCAUGUCUUUGCAAAGGAGAGGAAAUGUAUCUUUUAGAUGAGUUUCAGUACGUUUAACAUACAUUUGAAUAUAAUUUAUGCAAGAGUUUGAGUAAAUACCAAUACCAGAUGAAAGAGAUACAAGAGAUUGAUCAAAAUUAUUUAAAUUCUUUUUCUUGUAUACGGUUAUAUGUUUAAGUAAGGGUGCAAAUUUAGCAAUUAAAAUUUUCAAGGUCUACUACAAAAUUACUAAAAUAAGCCAAAGUUAGCACCCUGCUAAAAAUUCACGCUAUACGGUAUUUUAUUAGUCAGAAUAAAUCUACAGGAUAUAAUAUUUUUUUAAAGAUUUUUACCAGAUAAUAGUAAAAGGUACAGUAGAACAACAGAUUUGUUGGGCAUGUUUUUGGGCAACUUGUUUUGCUGAAGCAUAUUGCUGAAGCCUCAAACCAAACUGUUUGCAUUUGGCCUCACAAUCUCACAGUGGUACAAAUUUCCAGUCUGAAAUGGAAGAAAAUCGAUAUUUCUGAGUUCAAUCCUCUGAUGGAACAUUUGUAUUUUUUAACCAACAAUUAAGCUGUUUGUUGUUUCAUUAAAUUUAUUAAGUCAAAUUUUGAUUGUGUUGACAAGCUAUCCACACCUAAUGCAAUUCAUUUGCAUUUGUUUUUAUCCUUUUAUCUUAUAGAUAUUUACCAAUUAUUUCAAUGAUACUAAUAUUAAUGGAUGUACACAUGUACAGGUAUUUCAAAACUUAUUAGGAAAGUAGACUUAGAUAUUGCAAUUCUUUGAUCUGGUAUAUCACUGUUGUAUAACAUUUCUCGCUGUGCAUGUUUUUCAUGAAGUCUGUCCUGCUGUGGUCAGCUGAUCAAUAUGUCUGCCUGACUAGACAUUCAAACUGCAAAUGAAUUUUACACACAAUGCCUGCAGUUAUUUAUUAUAAUCUAUUUAUUAUAAUAAAUCUAGGUUAGAUAAA